UCUCCGCGCCUUUUCGCUUUAUGGAACAUUUGACCCAAACCGACAGCGAUAUUUCUAUUAAGCAUAAUGAUGUUUGGUAAUAGAUGCCUUUACAAAGCAUUCGUAUACAAUUUAAUUUCGUUUUCCAGAUAAACUAAGAUCUAAACAUGCUGCUUCCGUCUGAUGUCGCGAGACUUGUGCUGGGAUAUCUGCAGCAGGAAGGACUGAGUGCUACAAGUCGGGCGUUUAUCCUGGAGAGCCCUAACCUGAGAGAGUAUGCUGAACACAGCUCUGAGGAUGGAGUUAUACCUGCCUGCGUGUUUUCCCUUUUUGGAAAAAACCUGACCACAAUACUAAAUGAAUACGUUGCUGCAAAAGCAAAAGAAACAUGUCAAGAGAAUCAAAUACCAGCUGUAAUGACCUCAUUAUGGAAAAGGCUGGACUUCACCCUCAACCAAAUCAAAUCUAUGCAAAACUCUCCUGCUGUUCAACAAAUCCAGCGGCUCCGCACCCAGAACAGCAUUCAGAGUAUGCGGCGUCAGAGGGCCUUGUCUCAGACUCCUUCCACUGCGGGUCUGACUGUUUCUACUCCAGGGAACUGUGUCGCCAGGCCUGUCGCGGCUUCCCAGGGCAUCUUGGGACACUCCACCCCUGUGUGCUAUACAUCCCACACUAGACCCUCUACCAUCAACCUCUCUCAGUCAGAAGACACACCUUUGCAAAUAAUAGUACCUGACCAUAGAUUCACACCAGGGCCAUUAUCUCCAGGUCGCAGGAAAUGUGACUCUCCAAGACGAAGAGCGGGUCAGAUUGGAAUCAGCAGAGGAAUUACAGUGACAAGCAUGCUCACUGUGGAAUCACAGAGCCAGGAGGCUGUGACGGAGAAUUUGUCUCAAAUGGUGAUUGAGAAUGCCAGAGAAAAGAUUCUAAAUGACAGAUCUUUACAAGAAAAACUUGCAGAAAAUAUCAACAAAAUUCUGGCCAGCGAUAACAGCCCGCAGUCAUCAAAGGCUGUGUGCAGCACAGUGGAGCAAGAACAAUCCAUAGAUGAAAUACUGGGCCUACAGGGCGAGAUUCAUAUGACUGAUGAUGCCAUCCAGGAUAUUUUAGAACAGACAGAGUCAGAUCCUGCCUUUCAGGCUCUCUUUGACCUCUUUGAUUAUGGGAAAAAUAAAACUUCUGAAGGUUGUGAGAUUGCUGAUAGAAGUAACAGUACUCAGGAGAGCGAUGAGCCUGCUCCUGUGGAUAGUGCUACAGACACGGGGACUGGACUGGAAGGUUCCACAUUAGGCGGAGAAACUGCCACAAGAAUACUAAGAAGUAGGAACAUAAAAGAGGCAAAAAGUAAAAGGAAGACCGCUAUUCCUUUAAACACAGGUAGGCAGGUUCCAGCACCCUCUCAGUCAUGUGCAGUUACUAAGAAAUCAGCAACUUCACCAGGAACCGCACAAAACAAAAAAGGCACCAGCAGAAGCAGAGGCCCAGUCAGCAAGAAGCAGGCCUUGCAAGGGCAGCUGAACAACAAAGGACAUUCUGUAUCAACAUCUAAUCCAUACAUACCAAGCCCAUCUUUAUCUGAAGAGGGAGCAAGCAUGGAGGUGGAUGAUCCAACGUUCGAAAUGUCCUUGGAAUGCAGUACCGAAGGGAUGACACAGCAAGUCCAUCAGGAAAUUUCUCAGACUCCAUUAAAUGAUGAAAUUGCUUCUGUUUCCACUGAGGAACCAGAAGCCCCUUCCAAAGUGGGAGUAGACACAUCAGGGAAUACAUGUGGAGCAGAGAAAGGGGGAAAAACACAACUAGUUGCAAGAGCUCAUGAAGUUUCAGAUCAAAGGGAGCUUUCAUGCUACAGCACCAAUGAAACCUCAAUUUUGAAUCAAACAUUGAGUCAUCAACAAGCAACAAAUAAGAUUCCGUUAUUCAACACUGUAAUGCAGGAGAUGGAGUCUAGCCCCAAUACAACCAGGACUAACAGCACAGCAUCAAUUUCCUUUGAGCCAUUAGCUUCGGUUGUAUCUACAGCCGACGCCACCACCCCCACCUCCUCUGCCUCCUUAGUUAUUAAUCCUUCCCAGUCUCAAACUAUUGAGUCUGAUCCUAAUAAGAUAGUUGCACUUAAGAUCAUCAUUAGUGAUGAGCAGGAGCAACAGGGCAGUGAUUCUGCUUUAAACCAAGCUGUCUCUAGCAUCAGCAGUGAGCCUAUCCCCACAAUCUUCCUGUCCUCCCCAGCCAAAUCUCUGACCAAGGUACCACCUUCUACUCCUGGCUCUUCCAUUACCCCAGAGGAGACUGAGCAGGCAGUGAGCUGUUUGCAGGGAUCCGAGGCUGCUGGAGACCCAGUCAUAAGUUUGCAGAAAAAUUUGCCACCUGCACAGGCACGGCCCAUAGCACCAGAGACUGGUUUCAUCCAGCUGUUGCCUGCUAACCCUACAUUCGGAGGACCAAGCAGCUAUUUUGUUGUGACCGAUCGAAAUUCAGGAGUUGACCAGCGUUCCAGUAUGAUGCUGCUUUCAGGUGGUGCAAGUGAAGGAGCAGUAUGUUCGCCCUCACAUGUUAUGGCUACACCACCACGACCUCGGACUGUGGUUUCCAUUGCACCAACUGCAGCUCAACCAUUCCCACCCGCAUCAGCCAUUAUCAUUUCAUCACCGGUUCAGCCUGUGAUACAGAAUGUGGCAGUCCCAGUGUCUGUUUUGGGACAGAACAGUACAGGACAACUCACAGUGGUACCCAGUCAGGUGUUGGCGUUGCCAAGUCCGAAAUUGGUGAACCAGUCAGCAAAGGUUGUGUCAAAACCUAAAUUAGUGCCUAAGGAUAAUGUGGAAUCGGGCAAAAGUGGCACACCAGUUAGCGGUUCUAAUCAAGUCUUAAACAGUUCUCAGAGCUUAGAGCAGUCAAACUUCACAACCAGUGCCAGCUCUAGUCACAGAAGAAUACUUUGCUUUGAUGAGAACACUAGCCAGAAAAGUACAAAUUCAGCUUCAUCUUCUCCUGUUAUGGAGGAAUCCACAAGGACAGAGCAACCCCACCCUUGCAUUUUAGGCAACACUAAUGCCAAGAGAAGGGUCGAGACCAUACGAUUAUCAGAGCCAAGUCAAAGUACAGGAACAAAGGAAUCCGAAAGGGCUUUUACAAAUCAACAGAAAAUAGAGGCUGCAAAAAGCACUCGAACAGAAACCGGGUCUGAACAGACUGUCAGUUCCAGCACAUCCUUAAACAGUCCGUCUAGUAGAUUAGAGCCCAAAAAUAUUGACUCAGCAGCAUUAUCAAACCCUGAGCACAGUUUCAAGUCUUCUUCUCAGAGCCUCAAGCCCAUGUCUACUAGCUUCACAAAAGACGUUUUACAGGAGGAAAAACGUGAACAAAGACCUGUUAAAACACCUGAGGGACCCUCUGAGAGCAGCGUCACACAGGACUCGCCUAACAUCACUGCAAACAAGGAGAAUGAAGUCGAAGGUGGUUGGCAAGCAGCUGCCCCAAUAGUGUCUACACUAAGAUCUCCUACUCCAGUGUCUCAGGGUGGUUUGGGAAAAACAACAUGUAAAACAAGUCCACUUACCAAGCAGGCAGUGGAGAUGUUACAAGACAUCCAGAGUCAGAGUCCUGUCUCCACACCACCCAAAAAGAGAACCUCCUCAGACCUGCUUCUUCCAAAAACCCCUGUACCUGGGCAUCUCCAGGAUGAUUUGCUGGACAGUUUGAGAACACCCUCAAGGCAAAGGCACGGGCACGAAGGAGAGGGCACACCCAGACACCUGGCUCCUCCUGCUACACCUGACCUUCCAACCUGCAGCCCAGCCAGCGAGGCAGGGAGCGAGAACAGCAUCAACAUGGCCGCCCAUACACUCAUGAUCCUCUCGCGUGCUGCCAGAACAGGAGGGCCUUUAAAAAACAGCUUGCGCCAGGAGGAGGCUGGUGCUGCCAAAUCGAGUGCUUCCAAAGGAAAGAAGCGCAAGCACACUGACCUGAGCCCUACAGUGAAGAAAGAUUUACACCUCACGAGUUCAUCAGGCAGUAAGAAGAAGGCCAAGAAACAGAAGAAGCUUCUUGAUUCCUUCCCACAUGACCUAGAUGUGGACAAGUUCCUGUCAUCGUUGCAUUAUGACGAAUGAGUGAAAUGGGCAAAAAGUUCAGAAUAAAUGCUGAAGAGGCAACAAAGAAGGAGGUCACAAGAAAGGACACAAGAACGAAAUACUUCCAUUUCUAAUGCUUCUUAUUAUGGUUAUGUAUAGUUGUAAAUGUGUAAUACUUACUGUCCCAGGAAAAGUUAUUAUAAAAAGAUUAGUUAUUGUAUAGCCA